AACUUUACAGCAAAAGCAGCAUUCAAUCAACACCAACCGGAGCGGUUAACUGUACCGUAGAAAUGAUGCACCAACUCCUGUUCGUGGCCGCCGCCAUUGCCACGGGUGUUUUCGGCAUCCCGAGGCUGGAGGUCCCCCCGGGAGAUGAGCCAUGCCUCUCCCCGCAGCAGUGGGAGGGAAGGUGGGUGGUGUACGACCACUCCACCGGAAGAAACAGCCGGGCUGCCGUGUCCUACGACGGCCUGAACCGGAGGGUCCGAGUCCUGCAGCAGCACAAGAAACACACCCCGUGUCAGAGGUUUUUUGAGUACAUCUACCUGUAUCAGAGCAUGCUGAUGUUCCAGAUCGACCAGAAAACAAAAGAAUGCUCAAAGAUCUCUUUGACUGAAGCCUGGGAUCCCUUCGACAUCCCAGCUAACUCCACAUUUGAAGAGCAGUACUUCAUCGGUGGUCCCGGGGACGAAGUGGAGGUUCAGGAGUGGUCAGACAGGAAACCAGCACGCCAGCAUGAGACCUGGGUGGGUGUUUACACCCUGAAGGACUGCUACCCGGUACAGGAGACUUACACCAGGAACAGCAGCGUCACCACCUCCACCCGCUUCCUCAACCUGCAGCUGGGCAUCAGCGACCCCAACGUCUUCACCCCCCCGGCCUCCUGCCAGUCAGCCCGGCCCGAGAGGAUGGUGGAGCUCAGCUGCUGAGGCUCUGCCCGGUCUCUCCUUCGGCCUUUAAAGGGAUAUUUCAACAUUUUGAAGUGUGUUCCUGUUUUAAGUAAUAAUUCAGAACAAAAUGUCAGUUAUUAUUGUUAUUACCCAUCUGCCUUUUAUCUCUUUCUUUGUCAUGUUCUUUCUCUCCCUCUGUCCUCUGUUGCCAUAAACUCACCUGAGUUAACUACGCACCAGGAAGAGUGUCUCUGUAGAGAUGGAAGCUGUUCUUGGUCUUGGCUGUGUUAUACUAGCCGUUAGCUCAUCAAUACUAUUGCUAAGAACAGAGAACUUACAACUAGAGAAACACACUUUAAGUGUCCCGAUUAUCCCUUUAGCUGCAUUAAUUUAGCCGCUCAGUAGAAAACUAACAUUUAAGUCAUGUCUUUUACUGACCGGGAGAACAAGUCAGGUGUUUGAAAUAAGUUUUAAUUUUCUAGAUUAUUCACUCUCAAUAAUUAUUUCACAUUAAAUGAAGAUUUGAUGCAGGUAGUUGUUGAAUACGACGACUAAGUGUGAAUUUAGAGCUUUGAGGUUAUUUAAUCUUAAUUUAGUGUUUUAAUCUAAGUCCUGCCCUGCUUGCUGCUACAAGGCCAACAAAGAUAAAGCGCUGACUGCAUGGUGGCGCUGUUGCCUUGCAGCAAGAAGGAUGAAGGUUAGAAACCCAGAUGUCUGAUGUGAGAGAGUAUGGGACUGGUUUUGUGUCUCAUUUGACUCAGACUGGAGACCUGUCCAGAGUGUCCCUCGUCUCUUGACUGCUGGAGAUGGACACUAAACAUGGGAACUGACUCAGGAAUAUGAGAAAACAGCAAAUGAAUCAAAACACUGGAUUAAAAAUUUGCUAUUAUAUUUUAUUCAUAAUCAGUUGGUUUAAUAACUUUUUAUGAACCACAGAAAAACUUUCUGAUACCUUUUGCGGCAUUGUUUUUCUUAAACACUUAGUUUAAAGUUAAAGUGUUUAAUAAACCCAGAAAGACCUUUAUAUGUGGGGAAACAGUGAAGCAAUGUCAGAGUUCGGUUUCUGGUGUUUGGAGGCUGGAUGACAUAAUUCUUCAGUUAACAGGAUGUAGCUUCACACACAUUAAUAAGUCACACACACUAAAAGGACAUGAUUUGUUUUAUCAUGUUUCAUUUUUCGUAUUUAUCAAGACUCUUUGGAACCUAACAAAGUGACCAAAUCUAUCACUUCAGUUUCCUAUAAAUAUUCUGCUAACUCAUUGUUUCUCUGAAUUGGGGUCCUGUCCAGGAUUUACCCAUUUCACCAACAUUUCUCUGUGUAGAAGAAGGAAAUAAAAUACAUUCACAACUUUAUGUUUUCCCAUGAUAAAAGUGAUCACUGUUUCUUCUACAAAUAUUUCAUGUAAACAUUGCAUAAAUGCUACAUAAUUUUCAAAAUAAAGCAUGUCUUAAUGAGAAAAAUA